GAGCAAGAGAAAGAGAGAGAGGGAGGGUGAAAAAGAGGCUGACUUAAAUCUUUGUGCUGGCGUUGGUAUUAAUUCACUGUCUUGGUGUGGAGAGAUUAACACAACCACCAUGUUGCUUCCUCUGCUGCUGCUGCUGGUCUGCAGCUCCCAGGCCACUCAUUUCUAUGGCACAGUGAUGACUUACUACCCCCAAAACACUGAUACAACUGGAUCUAUCACGGUGGUCCUUCGCUAUAAGCUGAACUUCCUCUCAUGUACCGAUGUGGACACAUGGUCAUGCUUCAGUGGGGACUGUGGGACUCAGACCUCUCUGGUGUUGAAUGUGGUCUACGAGGAGAGUGGAGGGGAGUGGUGUCAGAGAGAGGGGAUCAUGACUCGACAGGUUCCCAGCAACGCUCCGUUUCAGCUGAGAAUAAACUCUGGUAACUGGAUCAGUAACAUUGUAAAUAACAUCACGUAUUGGAGAGCUGUGACUCUGGUGGAGCUGAGGAACCGGUCUGACACCGGCCAAGCCAACAGAUCACCCCAGACCACCAUACUGCCAGCUGUGAGGGUUCCUUCAAACUGUAGGAGAGAUUUCAGCCUGUUGGCGUUUGACCCUGAUGGGGAUGAGGUUAGAUGCAGAAAUGGAAACGCAACACUGUCAGAGUGUAACCCCUGCACGCCGCCGUCUGUUCUCACCCUGUCAUCAUCUUGUACCCUGUCAUUCAGCCCCACCAGUAGCAGUGAUGAAGGUCCAUACGCGGUACAGUUGGUGAUGGAGGACUUUCCCAGGCAGAGCAUCACCUUGACUCAAACCAGUGGCUCUCAAGAGGUGAAAACUACCAACGAUGCCAUCAGCAAAAUACCUGUUCAGUUUGUUUUAAGGGUGGACCCUGCGGUGCCGUCCUGCACAGAGGGACUCUAUCUGCCCAAGUUCCUGCCUCCAACCCCAGUCAAUGGAGCCCGGCUGUACACCCCUGUCAGUCAGACCCUGGAAAUCAGGAUCACUGCAGAGGCAAAUACUUCUAUGAUUUCUGAGCUACUGUUCAGUGGGCCGCACAAUAUAAACCGGACUACAUCAGGAACAGGAGAGUUUAUCCUGAGAUGGACGCCAUCGGAGGACGAAGAUGGAGAAAGCCUCCCCAUCUGUUUUGUCGUCCAGGCAACCACCUCAGUCAAGUAUCACUCGGAGCUGCGGUGUGUCAUUGUGACUGUUGGAAACGGCCCGACAACAACUACAACCUCUCCACCAACAACGACACAACAAAGCACCAUCAUUACACCUGAUACAACCACAACAGAAAGUACAACUGAUGUUUCUAUGGUUACAACACCAGUUACCACGGUUACCACACCUGACGACAUGACAACUCAAGCCCUGGACCAAAGCACAACAAUAACUACAGCCUCUCUGCCAACAACGACACAACAAAGCACCACCAUUACACCUGAUACGACAACAACAGAAAGGACAACUGCUGUUUCUACGAUGACACCACUGGUUACCACGGUUACCACACCUGAUGACAUGACAACUCCAACACAAGCCUUGAGCCAAAGCACAACAAUAACUACAACCUCUCCACCAACGACGACACAACAAAGCACCAUCAUUACACCUGAUACAACCACAACAGAAAGUACAACUACUGUUUCUACGGUUACAACACCAGUUACCACGGUUACCACACCUGACGACAUGACAACUCAAGCCCUGGACCAAAGCACAACAAUAACUACAACCUCUCCGCCAACAACGACACAACAAAGCACCACCAUUACACCUGAUACGACAACAACAGAAAGGACAACUGCUGUUUCUACGGUGACACCACUGGUUACCACGGUUACCACACCUGAUGACAUGACAACUCCAACACAAGUCUUGAGCCAAAGCACAACAAUAACUACAACCUCUCUGCCAACAACGACACAACAAAGCACCAUCAUUACACCUGAUACAACCACAACAGAAAGUACAACUGCUGUUUCUACGGUUACAACACCAGUUACCACGGUUACUACACCUAACGACAUGACAAACGCAACCCAAGACUUGAACCAAAGCACAACAAUAACUACCACCUCUCUGCCAACAACGACACAACAAAGCACCAUCAUUACACCUGAUACGACAACAACAGAAAGGACAACUGCUGUUUCUACGAUGACACCACUGGUUACCACGGUUACCACACCUGAUGACAUGACAACUCCAACACAAGUCUUGAGCCAAACCACAACAAUAACUACAACCUCUCCACCAACAAUGACACAACAAAGCACCAUCAUUACACCUGAUACAACCACAACAGAAAGGACAACUGCUGUUUCUACGGUUACAACACCAGUUACCACGGUUACCACACCUGACGACAUGACAACUCAAGCCCUGGACCAAAGCACAACAAUAACUACAACCUCUCUGCCAACAACGACACAACAAAGCACCAUCAUUACACCUGAUACGACAACAACAGAAAGGACAACUGCUGUUUCUACGAUGACACCACUGGUUACCACGGUUACCACACCUGAUGACAUGACAACUCCAACACAAGCCUUGAGCCAAAGCACAACAAUAACUACAACCUCUCCACCAACGACGACACAACAAAGCACCAUCAUUACACCUGAUACAACCACAACAGAAAGUACAACUACUGUUUCUACGGUUACAACACCAGUUACCACGGUUACCACACCUGAUGACAUGACAACUCAAGCCCUGGACCAAACCACAAUAAUAACUACAACCUCUCUGCCAACAACGACACAACAAAGCACCAUCAUUACACCUGAUACAACCACAACAGAAAGUACAACUGCUGUUUCUACGGUUACAACACCAGUUACCACGGUUACUACACCUAAUGACAUGACAAACGCAACCCAAGACUUGAACCAAAUUGUUCUAGUUCUGAGAGUGAGGAUUUCGUCUUUGUUUCCACUCACUGACGAAGAACUCAGAGGAACCGUCAUACAGCAGCUUAAACAUGAACUGGUGAGAUAUGGGCUGCCGUCAGACAUCACUGUUCGCCUGGUCAGUAGCAUCCAGCUGGAACCUACCAACACAGCAACCUCUGCUGUUGUAACGUGAACACUUACGGACACCUGGAGUGAAAUGGUAUUGGAGGACGACGAAAUUUCAACUGUGAGGUCGACUGCUUUAUUUUCACCAAGCGGCUCCUUUAAAGUUGUAUUUGUGAACUUAAUCUCAGAUGUAAUAUGUUUUGAUUCUGAUUUAACUCGGGCUUCAAAACAAUGGUCCACAAACUAAUGGGUGACAUCAUGAUGGCUCCAUCCAUCACUUAUUGUAUUGACACAAUAACUUUUUCGGGUGUUUUUACUGCCUUGGACUUCAUGUCCAGUCUGUACUUACAGUACAUCCAACUGCAAAAACAACUUAUCAACAGAAUUCAGCUACGGUGACUUUACAAACAUCAAUACUAAAAUACAAAACCACCUGUCAACAUCUCAGUGAAAAUUCCCUCAACAAAGUGACUUGGACUGUGGUUUGACAUGGCAUGUUCAGCCUCAUAAGAUGUCACUGUUUGCUGACCGUCUGAUGAAGUGCUGUGGACUCAUUAUGUCUGUCGAGAACAGGCAGGGGAACCAUUGCCAAACACAACAGUGUCACAACAGAGUCAGAACCAUCUGCUUACAGCAGCCUCAGUUGUUUGACUUUACUUUACUUUAUUUGCGCUCUUUGUGAAGGGCUGGAUUGUCAUACAGGAGCCCAGAUGAUGACGGUGUCUCACGUAUUGGUUUUAUGUCUGACAGUGGGGCUUUGACGCUUGUUUCAGCUGGUUGUAGAUGGAAUCUGUCCAAGCUUUGGAUUGGAUCUGAUGAGUUGAUGUGGCAGACGACAACAGGCUUUUAAUAUUUGAUUUUGGAGCUUCUAGAAGGCUAAAACUGUACUUACAAGAACUGGGAAGAUGUUACCCUCAAAGGGUACAGAGGGUUUGUAAGGAAAGACAGUGCAGCUAAAACUAAUAUUAUGAAUCAACCAUACCUUUUUGUAAACUGUAAUGUACAGUUUGUGUUUUGGACACUGGAGUUUCUUAUGUUCAGUUUGUAAUCUUUGAAAUGAAUGCACGAAACAAAGUAUUAGCACAACGCUCUCUA